GCUCACACACUCAGAACAAGUGAUGGGAGACAAACUCCGUCCCUGACGCGCCUGACGCUCACUAACCGAUAUUUUUAUUGAUUUUUUUCUUUUUAUUUCAGAUUUUUUCGCCUCAUUUAACAGAAAAAAAAAACCUUCAUUCUCUAUUUUCGAGCACUUUCGGGUUCCUGCUGGAGGUGAAGGUCCGCUGUGCAGUUAGGCAGCAGUUUCUAUUUUGGCUGUUUUUCUGUUUUCUUUUUUUUUGUGGAAGGAUUUGAGUCAUGGCAGAGGAGUGAUGCGCCUGUGCCAAGAUGCCUCUUAACCGGGAUGUAACUUUUCCACUGCGGUCCUAUGGAAUAUAGUCCGAUCCUACACAGUCUACAUGUUGUGCCAUCAUCCCACGUGAAAAACAAACUCUUCGUCUUCUGCAUAAUGCUGACUCUUUGGGUGUAUAUGAUUUAUUGUUGUGUUGGCUACUGCUCCACGAUGCCAAACGGGGCGUACGGCGCGGGGAGCAGACACGAGAAUGACGCAGAAGUUGACAAUCAGGGGUCCUCACUCGGGGCGUCGAGGGACUUACUGAAUAACGAGAACGAUGUGGACAGCAGAGGAGAGGACUGGGAUGAAAUGAAAGGCGAGGCGAAGGCGUUGGAUGAUAAUGCCAUGUCAGGUUUCUUCAAUGAGUCGGAAAGUAAAAAGUUGCCCCAGGCGAUCAUCAUCGGGGUGAAGAAAGGAGGGACCCGGGCGCUGCUGGAGUUUCUGCGCCUGCAUCCGGACGUCAGAGCGGUGGGAGCGGAGCCGCACUUCUUCGACCGCAACUACGACAAGGGGCUGGAGUGGUACAGGUAUCAGCCUCAUUUAUUAUCAUGAAACAUGACUCCAAAGGUGGGGAAAAAACUGACCUCAGAUAUGCAUCAUUUUUACGCGUAAAGGCGACUUGGUGCCUUGCUCAAAGACAUCUCAUCUCUUCAGUGUGGCUAAAUCCAGACUAAAACGCCUCAUUUUAAACAACAUCAACAUAUAAAACCAUCAGUAAGACAUGUCAGCGCUUAAAAAGUUACUCCUAAUACAACAUGUGUGUGAUUCCCUGAACAAACAACUUUGUUUACACUGUAAACAGAGACUCUGCCCUGUCAAAGUUUACUCUUAUUAUAUAACAGCAACUAAAUAAGCCCUGUGUUAUACUUUUUAAACACCACCAGAGGGGUUAUAAUCACCUGUAAAAUCAAAGAAUCCCUGGAGGUUAUCAUGUGUUCAAGCUGAGAGGAAUCCGACUAUCAAAAGAGAGGAAAAAAACAACAACGAUUCAAUGCAGCGCAUCAUAUGACUGUGCUGGUAGAUUAUGUCUGAAUGGUGGAUUACGCUUUUGAAGUGAAGUUUGGCUCACGCCGAGACGUUUGAUUCUUUUAUUUCAGUUAUUCUUGCAAAGAAAAGGGGUUUUUAAUCCCUCUGUGUAAGCUCUCCAUUAAACCGGAGACCAAGUUUGUGCUCACUUUGAUGUGGAUUUUCUCGAUGAUUGAUUUUUUUUCUCACAAGUUUAAUCUAUGCUCAAAGCCUGGAGCUUUAAAAGCAACAAAACAUGAGUGAAUUACCUGGUAUACAUUAUACCGAUUGAAUUGACAGUGUGCAGUUGUGAUUUAUGCACCUUGCCUCAUAAUAAGAGCAGGUGCAAUCUAACUCAACAGUCUCACAGACUUGUACUUUUCAGGCCCAACUUCUCAGUCGUAAUAAUUUACAAACCUACGGAUCGAUUUUCCCUCCUUGUUUGCCUGACCUUCACUCCGACUUCGCAGAAUUCUUCCCCGUCUGUCCUUGGAUCCAGACUCAUGAAGGUUUUCUAACAGAGAGGGGGGGCAGCAGCAGGUAGAGGAAGACGACUUGAAUUCUUGAUGCACUUCAAAGAAACGGCUCCUCGCUUUACGGGUUCGGAGUCAGCAAGUUACAUCAUGCCGUCAUCCUUGAACAGCCAGUGUUGUGCUCUGAGAUUAUAAAUUCUGGGGUAUCGAUUCAGAGGCGGCAAUUUGUUUUGAUCUUCAGUCCAAAUAGACUUCAAUGUCAGAGGCAGAGAUCACGAUCCUAAGGCUGCUUUAAGGCUGCGUAAUCUAACAUUUUUAUUGUAUUCUCUGCCAUGGCAACAACUGUCCUUGCGCCGUACAUCAUUUCUCAGUAUGCAACCUCUGUACCAAUGAGCCAGCAGCGAAAUUACACAAACUCUUCGUGGAAAUAAACAACUAUCCCACUUUCUUCUUGGAAAUUAUUGAUCGUCUGUGUUCCCCAAAAACCCUCUCCGGAAAUGCUCCGCCUGUCAGAGCUUUACAUCAGAGCAAGCUCAUUGUUAAUAGGAGAUAAUAAGAGAUGCUGCUGUUUCAAGUGUCCAUCUGACUGAGCCGAGGGAUUAACAGGCAAUGUCAAAGGAUGGAGACACAGUUUCAAAGCUGGCUCCAUAGAGAUACAAUAGGGGAAGCCAAGCAUUGUUCAAAGGACUUCUCGCUUAAGCUCCGUUAAGAAUUUCCGGACAGGUUUGGAGCAUUUUUCAACGUAUCAGCUUGUGAAGAGCGGCCUCUUGUCUGUCUCGACAGACUGAGCGACAAGAACAAACUGAAAUGGAGAUUUUUUUAAACUCAUUUAGAGAGCAUCGCUGCUGUUUUCCUGCGACUGGUGAAGAAGGAAGAAGACGUUCUCAUUAAAGAUGGAUAAUUGAAACGUUAUGGAGCCAAAGCGGAGGGAUCUGAGUGAGACCUGACAGCUACCUCUGCGGAGAGGUGCCACACUCGCAGUUGGUGUGGGAAAUGUGUGUCAUCUUGAAACAUAAUGAAGGCUUCUUUUUCCCAAAGAGGUGAUCUGGCUAAUUAAAACAGCUUGGCUUGAGUUGUCACAGCGAGAGCUCUGUACCACAGGUUGACCUCUUACAGGAGGGCACCAUGACAUCGAGUCGGUGCUUAAUGAUCAUUUAGCAGCGCUCUGAACAUCUCUUGUCUGGUUUUUUGUGGUUUUUCCAAGACUGUGCGUACUUGCCAACUUAAUCAAUCUGUCCUUCUAAGAUUUCUGGCAGCUUUUUCUGUCAUCAUUACAGCCUAAGAUGUCUGGUUUUGCCACUUCCUUGAAAAAGAUGCGACGCAAGGUGCAUUUUUAAGGCACCUUACUCACUGAUACUUGGUGCAAACACUUGUAUAAAGCAAUCAAAACAAGCUGUGUGUUAUCUCACAUCACUUUGGAUCAGUUUGAGUGAAACAAAACCCUUAAACUGCCUUUAAUUUGGUCUCUCACUGCAGAUAUGCACUGCCAUUCGAUCUGUAUGCACAGGGGGGAUCUGGACAUUAUUUCCUAGUAAACCCUGUUAAAGUUGGAACUGUGGCAGCACAAAAACUUGCAGUUUAUCAAGUGUCCACUCCAAAGCUGGCUCUGGAAGGUAGAGAAACCAAAAUAGAGUCAGGUUAAGAAUUUGAGGACUCAGCCUUAGUUUAUGCAGCUCAUUUCUCCCCUGCUGCACACAGGGACAAGGACAGUCUAGUUGAAGGGCUUGACUUAACUGUGCAUGUAAAUGUACCAAGUGUAGCUGAUCUCAAGUCCACGUAUUUGCCGUUUUUUACUUAAGCUGAUCUUUAGACUUAGUAACCCUUCUUCAGAAACCAAUAAGUGACGUCACGGAUGUUUUGACAUGAAAAUCUUUCUAAAAAAUACAAGAAUUUUCCGGUUGAGCAGCAAACAUAAACAUUUGUCCAAAAUGCCACCAUGAUGGAGCCUUGGACGUAUGAUGUGGGUAGGGAACAGUGCGAUGAAAGUAAAGAGUCAUUCUUCGCCCAUCGCUUGGUGUCAAGUGAUGAACGUUACAUAUUGUAAAGUCACUUUUUAUUGGUGUAACAUUAUCUUCUCUCACACACUGAUAUUGCAAUGCAUUAUAUUUUGCAGAUAAUGAUCCAAAUACUCCUAAAGCCGGAGGGAUUUGUUGGCUAUUGUCUGAUGGCGCUUUAUGCUUAUGGUCAGGGAUUUAUGUACAAAUAUUGUUGUGUAUGUUGAGGGUGAAGGGGGCUCUGCAGAGAAACUUUGGUGACCACCGCUUUAAGGAUAAAUAAAAAUAUAUAAGGUUAAAGAAGGAGAGCAAAGGUAUCUGCAUGUAGGACUGACAGAAAUGCAAAAAUGUCAUAGUCCCUCCCGAGACAAGUCCCCCCCUCUUGCUAACCCUCUUUGUCACACAGGAAAGACUCCACGCUGUGAGGGAUACAAGUGAAAGAGCAUCUUUGUAAACUUUUAGGGACACUGCUCCUAGAAAUUUCCAGAGAAAUUCUCAUUAUUUGGUGUAAACGGUUGUUAAGAGAGGAGGGAUAACUAUCUCAUUGCAGGAACGGUCUGACUUAACUUUUGUUACAGAGCCUCUGGUUGGUUUAAAGUUUGGAGCACAGUCUGUGAUUGGUCAACAGGCAUAACAAAGUGCAUUAGGAAGUGAGUAACGCAGAAUUUCAUCGGUAUUGAGGACGGUUAACCAUGCCCCUGUGAUGUUUGAACAGCACUGCACACUCUUAAGGGUCUUUGUUUAGAUUAAAGAAGUGUUUUUGGUGAUGUAAAUGUUGAUACAUGUGCGGAUAAAAGGUGGAUAGGUCAAGAAAAAGUUGCAAUGAUUGGCUAAAACUGCAAAGUCUCAAAGAACUGUGCUGAGAUUAGCUGAAUAUGUGUGAGUCGCAGCCACACGGCCUCGCUGCAGGAGCUGAUAAUUGAGCAUUUUUAUAUCACGUCUGGCCUGGUCAGACUUUUCUAACCUGCAGUCUGAUGUCCUGUUUGAAGUCUUUAAGAUAAGCUAAGAGCUCCAAGCCUGAUGAGGACGUCUGCCUGAUUUGUUUUCCCAUAUGUUUCACUCCAAUACCCCCAGACUAUGAUGGUUUGUGGGAGCUCGGGGCGAGGAGCGGUCCACUGGGGUGGGCUUAUCUGCUCCUGUGGUGGUAUUGAGUUGUGCCCACAGCAUUUAUCUGCUGUGAUUGGUGUGUCCAUGCUGCUGGAGGUCUGCUGUCGGAGGCCCACAUUGAGAAGAGGCCCCCCGUGCACAGCAGGACCCUAACCACAAUGCAGCACAUUUUGGGACAGGAAGAGAGGAGGAGGAGGAGGAUUGUGCAUGCUUGGACACAGACAACUCCUAUAGGCCUGCUUUUUUUUAAUAACAUCCCAACUUCCUCAUAUACGUCUUAUUUUGGCGGGUUAACUCUUAACGUGAUGCACAAAUCAAGGCAGUACAUGUGAAUUAAUUGCCGUUUUCCUCUUAAGGUUCCAUAUAUAGGACAAUAAGUGUCCGUCUUAUAACUCACUGAGGGUGUCAGAGAAGACGGUCUAAUCCUCCUCAGAGCCCCAGGGAGGCUUACUGCAGGCCAGUGGCAGAUAGAGGGCAGUAAAUUUAAAGUGAGUCUUUAGAAAGCGCAACAGAAUUAUAGAGCUCAAUGAAAGGGGAUGCUGGAGAACCCCUGAGGUCUGCAUUAACCCUGACAAUAAAGAAGCAGACAAUUAGUGUGAAACAUGUUUUCUCUGCCUUCACUUUGUAUGCAAAUGUGCUCAGAAGGGUGAAAGUGCCCUUUGACGAAGCCCAGCAGGGGGUUCAUCAGAAAGAGCAUUCAUUGGAACAGGCCCAAGAAAAGACUCAAACACUACACUUAAGCUUUUUAGCCCGAAAGUUGACUUUCAGAGAUCUGUGCGUGGAAAGUUGUGUUUCCCAGGAGUAGGUUCAGAUGAGUCCACCGGUGGCGUUUUGCUUACUCGACACUUUCAGCUCUUUUGCAAAGGACACGGGGGGAUUGGUGAAAGUGAGAAAGCUCUCGGUAUAGGUAUCCUCGUGCUUUAACUGAUGCGUCAGCACUCUGACAGGAAAAGGAGGGAAGACUGCGUUGAUAAUGAGAUGCUUCAAAUACAAAAAAAAAAAAAAAAUCACAUUUACUCUCUGUUGUUUCAAACAUUCCUAAAAUAUUUCCAGGAACCACACUACCUUGCACUUUAAAACUUAAGGUGCUGCGAAAAGAAACCAGUUCAGAUCACAUUUUCUCCUUCCUUAUCAUUGAAAUCAUCCCGUUUUUACAAGGAUCAAUCCACUUAAAUGCCAAUACUGGUAAUGUGCACCUCCCCUCCUCUUAUUCUGGAGAUUGAGGAUUUAAUUUGCUGCAACAACCCCCUGGGCUUUAGCUUGAAGCAAUUUGUCAAACCACAGCACUUAUUACAGCACUUUAGAAACACCGAAAACAAAACAAGUUCACUCCAUUAUAUCCCCUCGAGUUGCUGACUUCCUCAUCUCUGCCUUUUGUUGUAUCUUCAGAGAAAAUGUGUUGUUUCCUGCCUCUGUCUUUCCCUCCUCAGCUGAGACUCCCUGACAGCAAGUCAGAGCAGCUAUAGAAAGCACCAAUCUGGCCCAGCCAUCUUUGUUUGGCUUCUUUGAAGUCGUGUUUGCUUUUGCAGAUGCUCUUAGACCAGCAUCGGUCUGUGGGGAAUUAUCUAAUUGUAGCAACCACCACGUGCAUGGGAGACAUACAUUACAUGCAGAGAGCGGGUUUUCUUAUCUCUUUACACGUGAAGCUUGACAUCAUUAAAGGAGUGUGUUUUGAUAGAGGUCAGGAUAAACACAUUAUUGAGGUGGUAAUGCAUAAAAAAACUCUAGGAUGUGCAUUUUUUAUUUUUAAAUUAUCUUGAAUAUUCAAAAUCUGGGGUUUACUUUACCCACAAUCCCCCUGUGCAAACCGCUAUAGGUGUGUUGUCCAAGUAGCUGUUUAAGUAGCUGCAUUAUACUGAGAUGAGGAGCUGUGGAAAGUUUAUUUUCUCUAACUUCAUAUUUAUUUGGUUUGUUUCCCAACAAAUUCACGUCCUGCAAAAACGUUAUAAGUUGAACUGACCACAAACCCCGCCUCCGGGGGGCCACAUAGCCAAUCAUAAGCCCCCUUUGAAUCUGAAUUCUUCUGCAGCUCUGCCAAAAAAGCUAUCCCAUUUAUGCAAUACUAUUUGGCUACACGAGAGGUUCAAUCUGUGAACAACUCUGCAAUGAGUAACAAAGGCAGAAUGAUAGGUGGCAGUACGGUUUGAGCAAACAGGGUGGAACAGCACUGUGUGUGUGUGUGUGUGCAUGUCUGACUGUGUUUAUUAUGUAGAGCUCCUGCUGUAUGUUUACAGCCUGUUUUUCUCAUUACACUGCAAUGCUGUAAUGCUAUAUGACAUCACACAGUUGGACACUAAUAUUAUGCUGUUGUAGAGUUCGAGUUCGCAAAGAAGCUGUGGAGGAACUUUGUUUCUGCGCUGUUGCUGAAACGCAAUGUGUAAGGGGCUGGUGAUGCUGUUUUGACACUAUUACUCCACUCUUACUUUGCAAGAAUAAUAAUUUUGUGCCACAAUUUUUUUGUUUUCUAUCAUUUUCUACUUUUUUACUUCGCUUUCUAAAGGGCUUUGGAUUGCAUUUGUGCGGUAAUUUACAUUUACAAAGACGUAAAAAGUCCAGCCGUCGACGAGCAAUGUAAAAGGAGCUGCAAUGUAAGAUUAUUUGAUGGCCAUAUGCACCUCAGGCUUCCCCCUGGAGACACUCCUGCAAAAGAUGCAAACUCAGCUGACAUCGCUUGCAGAACCACCUGCACAAAAAAACCUGAGUGAAGGGUGUAUAUAUACAGUAUAUAUAUUUUUAACAGUUUUAAUUCUAUUUUAAUAAACAUAAUUUUGAUCUGCUAAUCUGUGGAGCUACCCUUAAAAUUAUUUGCUGUUAUAUCUUCACUCUUUAGAUUUAUUCCUUAUUUCUGGAACAAAAACUACCAGAGAAACAUUUUCUAACUCUUCAAGUAACCCGUAUUUUGCACUUUUUGUGUCACACAAUUGACUAUUCUUGCCAAGCUGUCAUUCAAAACAAGAGCCAGACAAAAACUGCCUAUUCACAGUCUAGCACACGACACCGAGAGAUAUGUUAUUGAGUCUAAUGAAACUACUUGCAGUGUUUCUAUCUCUGACAAUAGUUUCAUCAUGUGUAAACGAUCCUGAUGACGUCUCUGAAAUACUGCAGAACAAUCCAGCGCCACUAGUUAAGUCUUGUCAAUUUACAUUUUUCAAGCAGCACCUCCCUGAUAUAAAAAGCGCUCGCUGCUUCUAUAAACAACCCAACUGUCAGAGUGGUUAUGUGUUAAUGCAAGGCUGACAGUUGUGUGAGGGAAGCCAGAAUGGCUCACACACUGUUCCCCCCCUCCUCCUCCUCUUUUCAAACUGGGACCGUCUCCAUCAGACAGCCAGGUGGCCUUGAGUUCUGCACACUGACAGUAAUAACAGAGGAUGGGCCGUAUUCUGCACUAUCAUCGCUGCCCGGGAAUGCUGCUGAGAUACUGAAUCCUGCGCAACGCCUUCAUGAAAGGUCCCGAGUGCAAAGUAAUGACGAUGACUUUCACACGUUUGAUAAGGAGAGCUGCGAUGACCGAAGAAUGACUCGUCUAAAGAUACUUUCCUUUUUGAUUUCUGUCUGGAACUCAUCUCGAGGUGUAUCUGUCUGAUUAUUACAAGUGGCUGCAUACCACCACCUCUCAUCCCAUCCUUGAGUGCAGAAACGAUUCCCACAGCAGCUCACCCCUCUUAGAGCCACAGCGUAAGAUAAGAAGCCAUCAUGACAUUAGAUAAUACUGCAGCUACUUUUUUUUUCUGGAACAGCCUUUUGUCAGUGCGGUUAGAGAAGUUGAAAUAUAGAUGCAAAUUAGAGUCAGUCAAGCAUUAUACCGCGGGAUACCAAAAAAAAAGUAAUCCUUAUUGGAGUUUUCUCAACCGUUCUUGCCUCUUUUUACCAUGAACUUAAAGCUGAGGGCAUCAUCCGCGCAGCCACACACGACCACGUUGUAAAUUCCUACCUUUGAACCCGCUGCCUGAUAACAGCGAGUGUAAACACGGCACCAGAUUUCAAACGCCGUCUCGCCAGUAGCCCGUUUAAUGGACACGCCUGACUGGCCGGCAGACAAAACACAAAAAAGAAAAUUACACAACACUCCACUCCUGGAUUAAUAUCUGUAUGUUGGUUGGAGCAGAGGUGAUGCUACUGCUGCUUAAAACUUGCAGACGCGGUGCUUCAAACUUCACUGGGCUUUUGGGUCAGAGGGGUCGAGCCGUGCAGUCUCAAACCUCCAGCAGUGCACCUGAUUCCAUCUAAUCCUCUCUUUACUCCUUCCACUCCUGCCUCUCUUUCUUUAUCUCAUUCACAAACAGUCUUCCUCUCCGUUAUCUCCUCAACCCCGCCGCUCUCAGGCGAGUUUAAAAGGACAGGUUAGAGGGCAGAGGAUGUUUAUGUGCCCGCGCCGCCCUUUUUCCUUACUACAGGUUUAAUUUUAGUUCACCAAUUAGAGAGCAGAAACUCUUUAAAGCUUCGACUGCUUACUUUUUGACUUUGAAAAUGCAUUACCAGCCCACUCAGAUGUUACACCUUCUGAGAAAAAAGCUGUUUUUAAGCUUCAUAAACUUCAAGUGACACAUGCAAAAUUCAUUAAGGGGCAAAAAGUCAACCCGCCGCGGCUCGACUCUAGACGGAGGACUACUUUUUUGUUGUCUUGAAGCUCAAUGAUGACGCCUUUGCACGGCUGAUUGAUAGAUGGGGAUGCGCUGAAACCUAUUGGUUCCAGGCGACAUUGUUUAUUAAGCAGAACAAAUUGUGAAAGCUUGCUACAUCUGCCCCCCUAGGGCUACACUCUCACUCCCCACUCAGUCAGAGAUGUUCUCCCCUGCUCUGUCGCUGCUAGGAUUUGAAUAAUGCAUGUUCUUCUUACACAGAUUGUUUUGCUCGGGGACUAAGUGGAAAGUUUGAUUGGUAGUAAGUUUUUGCGUCCCUUGAGGCCUCCGGGAAAGGCCUACCGCGCUGCGCUUCUACGAAUCCAAGAGAUGCGGCGUAUAAUUGCAGAGGCUUCUGAUAGAGUUGUUUGUGUCUCUCGUACCUAUUACCUUGAUUAGGUUUGAGGGUUAUUGUUUUUUUUACCAUCAUGUACAAUAGAGGAGAAAAAAAGAAGAGUCAAUGUGAAAGACCUAAGGCCUCCAUAAAAAAAGCAAACAGGAGCAGGUGACAUUAGUGAAUGAAACUGCAGAAGAAAACGAAAACCCCUUGUGUGUCUGUGUGGCACUAAUUAGGUAUUGGUGAUGCCUACAAUUCCCAUAAUCACUGUUGCUUUUUCCCAGAGCUCAGUGCAGGGAAAUCCUGCAGACCAUUUUUCUGCUCAUUUCCACCACAUAAAUUCGUGAAAUGAAAGCUGCAGGGUUUUGGCGAGGAGUAUCGCGGCUCUUAGUGCGUGCACCAACAGAUGGUUGAAAAUUAUUGUAAUCACUUUAAUGACACGACUCCUCCGCUUUACUGUUGUUCGAUUUAGAUGAAAUGCUCUCAAUGAAAACGCUACAAUAUUACCAAACAUUGCAAUGAAUGCAGAUUUGACUGGCAGCACGAGGCACGCUUGGGGAUUGACGCUAAUCACUACUUCCCUCUGCAGAAAGAGAUACGUCUGCACCCUCUUCUCCUGCAUUGUUACCAUUUGUUGUACCAGAAUGAGAAAUAUCCCUCUUUUGGAGGACUGUGCCGACCACAAUGCAAGUUUGAUGUAGUUAAUAAAUAAAUCUGUCAAAUGCACGAGCAGAGUGUGUGGAUCCACUUUCCUGCUGCUAUGUGAGGCAGGAAAACCUAGACUGAUGUGGUGUUCCCAAGAAGAUAUUGAGCUGCUCUUCUGUGCACCUAUAUGAGAAAUACUGGCUGUGCAUGUACUGUAUGAUAAGCAGGUUCACAUGUAUUAUUCAAAGUAUAGAGGUAUUAAUAGUAAAGGGAUUUUAAAUUGUACCUGACUGUGUUUUAGCAUUAAUGGGGAAGUAGGAAUCACAAAUACAAACAAUUCACCUGCAGUGCUUUAUGUCUAUAAUGGUACACUUAAGUAUCAGUGAAUGAGGAGAGUGAUUCACCUCGUAAAGACACUCUCUGCAAUUGAUUCUAUUGUAGAGUUACAAUGCAUGAUUACAUAUAGGAGUGUUUUUUCAAUGCAAUGUAAUGCAACUUAAAUUUAAACCAUUUCACCAAGUAUGACGCAAUAAAAUGAGUUGAGAUCGCUUUAACUCUAGCGUCAUUUACAUAGAGCUUUAUCUUCCCAUUACACUUAUUAUGAAACACCUAAAACGUCCCUGAAUAAAUAGUCAAAGGUUAUGAAGUUUGGGUUGUAGAGGGCGAAAUCAAAAUGCAACACAUAAACUGUUUUACCUUGUUGCCUUAUUGUUCUUCAGCGUUCUUCAGGCUCAGGCUGUCAGCAGAUACGAUCUGUUGGAAAGAGAAGUUGUUGUAAGCUGUGGCAUGAUUAAAAGCAGCACAGAAGUCGCAAGUACAGUGAUGGAAAGAUGGUAAAUCACCUUCCCUCGGGGAGCUGAUUAAAUUUUUGCCAAGAGAUAUUGCUGAAUGUGUUGGGGAAAGUAGUAUGAGACUCAUUUUUUAGAGGUUAAAUGCAUCCAAACGAUUCGAAGAAAUCAGCACAAUUUUAUCAACACAAUGAAAUGUGGGAUCACUGUGUCUGUACAAAUCAGUGAAUCAAACUGGUUUGAAGACAUGCUCAAACCACCAACCUUUGGUCCUCUUUGUUUUAUCAUGUCAUAUAAAGAAAUUAGGCCUGCACGAUAUAUUGUUUGAGCAUCGUCAUCGCGAUGUACAUGUGUGCGAUAGUCACAUUGCAGAGCCUGCGAUGUCGGAAGUGAAUGAACUCAGUUAAUUUCAAGGGUAACUGACUGAGAUACACUGCAUGUGACUCUGCAUGAGCUGUGCAGUGAUCCACCAAUCACCUUCGUCCUUUACUCAGUUGCCAAUCAGACUACUCUGCCAGCUGUCAAUCAAAAUCAGAGCGGAGGAAACCCACCCCUGCACAUGUUCUGUACAUGGAGUUAGUCGCUGGCUGCUGGUGUUGAGCCGAGAAACGCGUGUCCUUUCGGAACUUUACUCAUGACUGUUAAGCCCAACAAAUAAGAACUGUAUGGGUUUUAAAAUGUACAUAUCCGUGGACCACUCUACUAUAAGCGGUGCGCGUUUUGCGAGGUGUAUGCAAUUCUUGGAGGACAUGCGUUUCUCUGCACAACACCGCUAACAACAACAACAAUGAUUGCAAAAUGAGCAACGAACAAGAGAAAACCACCAAAAAUGAAGAUUUGUUGCCAAAAAGAAAAGGAAAGUCAGUUAUCUGGAAUUAUUUCGGUUAAAAGAAGGAUGAUGUCGACCAAAACACGUGUUCUGUGUUCAUCUGUUGCCACAAUAACAUCCCAGCACAAUAAAAGCUAAAAAUAUCUCUGAGACAGACAGAAGCCAUUCUACUAACAUUCACAAAAAGAGGGAAGAUCAGAGCAGGUUAACUGUCCUCAAGACCUCAACGGUGCAGCAUAACAUUAAAUGCUAUUCGGGUCAUCUGGUGAAAAUUCCUAUAGUUUUAAUAUUGCAAUAUAUAUCGCAGGGUUGAAAAAAAUCGCAAUAUUAGUUUUUUCCAAUAUCGUGCAGCCUUAAAAUAAAAAUCAUCUAUUAAUGUUCAAUCAUGUAGUCGGCUAACCAUUAAUGGGCUUAUCCAAUUAAAUGCAUUGUUGAUGUAAACACCAGCCCAUAAUGGAUCACUGGUCUACUCUCUCAAAAAAUACAAACCCAGAAAGUUUCAUUCAGCUGCACAGGAGUUUGUGGCGCUGCGUACAUCACUUGAAUGUCUUCCAGGAUUAACUACUUAACAUUGACUGUGAUCGUCCCGGCCACAUAUCUCUCUCCGUCUCUCUCCAGAGACUCGGCAGCCACCCAGUCUGCCAACAAGGCAGUCAACCAGCCUCUAAUACUCCAGCGUGUUUGGCUUAGUCCUAAUCCCCCUUGGCUUACUUUAGCCAUUAUCCAGGCAGGGCUGCAGUUAACAGGCUAUAUUAUGAUCAACCAGAGCCAUCCAGGGUCAAGAAGAAUAUGCAGUUAUGGGAAUUGACAGCUCUAAAGCUUUGCAUUUUCUCUUAAGGAAUGCAGGGCCCCUCCAGAUCUUCACAUUUUCCACCAAAUUACUGACAAACAUGAGAAGAAGGUGGAAAUCAGAGACGUGUGUUUUGGCCUGACAUUAAGAGGCACAAUACCGCCUGUACACAGUUAAACCAGCCUUUGUAUAAUGUAAUGAAGGUGUGGAAUAUUUCAAUGGGGGGAUUGUGGGGUUUGAAAGAGGAUUGAGGUCUUAAGGUAGAUUAAAUGCAGCAGCAGGAGAUGAAUGUCUUCCUUCAGGGUCUGCAUUUAGAGCGUGUCAUGAACUGUGUAUUGUGUUGGCAUGCGAUCACAGAUGAUUGAACAGACUCCUGCUCCUCCUACCAGUCCUAAGGCCCACUCACCUACUCUGUUCAUGCUGCCCAUGAUUGUUAGCUUAAUGAUGAUUGACUAGCCCCGACCUAACAGAACUUAAAACCAGAUUUGCAGCCACUGUGUCACUAUUAAUCGCAUCUUCAUGAGUGGGAACUUUCUCUUAGCCGCUAAUUAUUCAGAUUGCACAGAUGAAUCGUUCUUCUUUUGCAUGCGGCGCUCAAUGUUGAUCUCUGUUUUUGUAUCCUUUGCAGGGAACUGAUGCCAAAGUCUGCAGACGGCCAGUUGACCAUGGAGAAGACCCCCAGUUACUAUGUCACCAAGGAAGUCCCAGCUCGGAUCUACACCAUGUCUAAAGACACAAAGCUGAUUGUAGUUGUCCGGGAUCCUGUCACCAGGGCUAUCUCUGACUACACCCAGACUCGCUCCAAGAAGCCAGACAUUCCUUCUUUCGAGUCCCUGACGUUCAAAAACAUGUCAGCAGGUCUGAUCGACACCACAUGGAGCGCUGUUCAGAUCGGCAUGUAUGCUAAGCACCUUGAGCGCUGGCUCCAGUACUUCCCCAUGGAGCAGCUGUUGUUUGUUAGCGGCGAGCGUCUGAUUAGCGACCCCGCAGGUGAGAUGGCUCAAGUCCAGGACUUUCUCGGGCUCAGGAGGGUAGUCACGGAGAAGUAUUUCCACUUUAACCCAGCUAAAGGCUUCCCAUGCCUUAAGAGACCCGAGGGGAACAGCAAGCCGCACUGCCUGGGCAAAACCAAAGGCAGGACCCAUCCUAAUAUUGACCCAGAGGUGGUGCAGAAGCUGAGGGACUUUUAUAAACCCUUUAACAGCAAGUUUUACCACAUGACAGGUCAUGACUUUGGCUGGGAUUAAGAGAAACCCAAUGAUGAUGAACUUCAGGUCCUUCAUCUGUGUUUUUUUUAUAAUUCUAUCACUCUGGAGAUAUUGUUAUACAGUGUAUGUACAGUAUUUGGUGGAUGUGUAAAAAUUCAGAAGUCUAUUUUAUGAUAAUUUAUUGUUAUGAUAUUAACUCACUAAGCUGCCUAACCAGGUUAACUCAUGACCCGCUUCAGUCUUUUGGUUCCAGAUUUAAUUCUCAUCAGGUACAUGAUCAUUUUUCUAAAAAGCACAAUAUUUUUACGGGUAUCUAGAGCUGGGUCGGUAUCCUUUUUUUUCCCCCUAGUGGGACAUUUUUAUGGCUUCAUUUGGAUAAACAAAUCUGCUUUCUUGACUUUUCCAAAUGCCUCUUUUGCUUCACCUUAAACUGAAUGAAAUCCAACUUUGGUAAUACCCCCUUAACAUUUGCUUGACCCUCAGAGGUCUGUGGACCCACUUAGUCAGGUCGAUACAGGCCUCAGCUGAUCCAGUGCCACUCGCCAGGUGGAUCAAUACAGUAAUAGCUCCUCAUCAUGUCAAUUAGACCUGAGUGAUGGCGCUACCGUGAUCUCUUGAGCAUUGCAAUAAAACAUAGAUCCACUAAUGGGAGUAAGUUUAUGGUUGACCCUUAAGCCAACUUCAAGUUAAUACAAUAACACAAAUUUCCAACUGCGAUAUUUCGGGCUUAACCGCCAUUUAUACCGUUUCUAUAAAGGAAUGUUGUUCGGAGUCCAGCAGAGAGUUCAGGCAGGAAAUUUAAGGGAUGAUUUUAUCUGCUUUCCAAAAACCUGCUGCUCUUGCUUCAUAACACCGAAUCAGUUAUUUCUCUUCCCAAAAAGAACUCUUAGGGCUCCGUUUCCUUUAUUGAUUUAUACUGAAGAGGCUUUCAUGGAUCAUCCUCUGCAGCGUUUCUGAAAGAAAGGUGAUAGUAGAAGUACGAAUGAACCAGAAAAAUCACCCAAUCAAAAAGAUAAAAAACCUUCCUCCAGACUUUUGUUUCUUCCUUACUUUGAGCCAAAAAUGUCUCACUCAAUUUUCACGAUCGGUUGAGUUUUAAUCAACCUUAACAAACAAGCAUAGUCCGCAUUUUAACAGGCGUCAUUCCAAGAUGAUGUGCUGCAACCCCGCUGUUGUAGAGGCACUAUUUUGCUGUAUGCAUCACUUAACAAACAUGAAAAUGAAGCAGGUGUGACUGAGAAGUUGAAUAAAGAUGCAGUCAUGUUGUUUUUAUGAAGUAAGAAAUAAAAAAGUUUUACCAAAAUCAGAAAUUGUGUGUUUUUCUCUGCAAAGUGAAACACUAUGAAUCUUUGAUAUAAGUGUUUUUCUAUAAUGCUGAACUUCUCUCACUCUUCAUAUAGCACCCUCACCUCACCUAUGUUGAUACCUGGAGCCCUGCAGGCAAAGGUGUACUCCUGUGUCUAAUUUACCAUAUUGCACAUCAGCGUGCUAACGGGCUAAUUAACUACUUUUGGCUGUCACAGCCUCCCUGCCCCUCGGUGCCACACAUGAGGCCUAACUGAGCUCCGUUGCCAUGACCUCAACAAACACACAACGUAGUGUCGGGUUUCUCAUGUGGAGAGAGAGGAAACGUGAAAAACACAGAUAUUACUGUGAGGUGUCCCAGGGUGACACUUCACACUCAGCUGUAUAAGGUGAGGACAGGUUUGGCAGCUGCUGCGAAAAAGGAGUUUAAAUAGAUGUUAAAAUGAAGUACUUUUACACUUUGUGUCUGACCUGGAUUUAAGGUCAUCUUUAUGAAUCUAUGCUGUAAAACUUUUUUCUGUAAAUUUACAGUAAAUUACUGGCUACUACUUUUACAGUGAUUUAAUGUACAUAUUUAACAGUAAUUUACUUUCCCUUUACUGCUUUAACGGUAAAAUUAAAAAUUAUAUUAAUAAUUUGUGAAUAUUAUAGUCAAAGCCUGUGAAGUGAUAUCACAGCAGUCUAAUGUGAAAUAUUACAGUUAAAUAAUGUCAAAUUCUGGUAAUGAUCCACAGGAGUAAAGUUCUCUGAUUCUUUGAAAGUUAAUCAGAGUUUAAUCUGUUCUGCAAAUUCUCAGAAUAAUAGAUCUGAAAAAGAGUUAGCAAUUUGGUUAAAGCUCGUAUGAGAUUUUUUUACAUCCAUGAUAUAAAAUAAAAUUCAUACUGAUGUCUUUUUAUGAUAUGCAAAAGCAAAUUAGACGAUCAGUGACAGGAUUGUGGAUUUUUAAACUCUUAUUUUCAAUGUCUGAAACUGGUGCAAGGGGGUAGGUGUCAGCCUUACAGCCCUGUGUUCACAAUUUUCGCAUAAAAUAUUAACAAUUACUGAUGCAUUUCACUGUUAAAAGUGAGAUUUAUGUUACAGGACUCUACAUAAACAUGUAAAAAACCGAGUGGGCAAGUCCUGACUCUAAAAAUAAACUUGAAAUUUCAUUAAAUCGCUCCAGAUCAAGCCUACUUAUUUUGAUUUUAGAGUCAGCCAGGGUUUACUUUCCUCUGCAAAGUCUUAGAAGAAUUAAAGUGUUUAUAGAGUGAUGCAAAAUGAGUUAUUCAACCUUAAAAUGAGUCAGUUAUUUGGUUAAAGCUCUUAUGAAGACUUUUUUUUUUCAAUUCAUACUGAGGUCUUUUAUGAUAUACAAAAGCAAACUAGAGAAUCAGUGACAAGAUUGUGGAUUUUUUACUCUCUCAUUUUCAAUGCCUGUGUCAGCCUCACAGCUCUGUUUUUACCAUUUUCGCAUAAAAAUAUUCACAACAAAUGGUGCAUUUAACUGUUUAAAGUGAGAUUUAUGUCAAAGGACUCUACAUAAACAUGUAAAAAACAGAGCGGGCAAGUCCUGACUCUAAAAAAAAUGUACUUACUUAUCAGCUUAGUUAUUAUGAGUAAACAACAUGGCGGAUGGAGGGACAGUUGUCAGACUAAAUGCUUCCAGCUGCUUAGCUACCUUAUCAAUUUAAUGAGGAAGCAUAUAUUUGGUCAACUCCUUUCAUUAGUUUGAUUGGGGUAUGGCUCAAAGUACACGUUGUAAUAACACUCAUUUUAUUGCCUCAAAUUAGAAGGUUGAUCAUCUAUUUUUAAUGCUCAUCCAACUUCAGGCUCCUUCUUUAAUCUCGCUGCCAUGGCUGCAUCUGUUGUGCUUCCUCUUUUAGUUAACUUGCAUCCAGAUUGGCAAUAGUUUAUUCCAUGUGACAAUCCGCUUAGUGUUCAGCUGUCCUCAGAGGAUAUAGUCAAUGUGGAAAAUUUUUAAUACUCAUGAUGUCGAAUAGUUGUAGCCACAGUGAAAACACAGUUGAUGCUCCUCUGGCAAGAUAAUCAUCAGAACCACCAAAAAUGUAGAACUUUUGGGGAAAAUAUGGCUGAAAAUCUGUUUUCCUCUUUCAGUUUGUGCUCCACUUUGCACAAGCUUUAAAGGUUUUCCAAUUUCGUCAAACAAAAAAAUCUUUUAAUUAACAACUUAAGGGUCUGGUGUCCUGGAAAAAAGGUUAGCUUUUUCCAUGUGCAGAUGGAGGAACUUCCUGGUUUGCCAACAGACAUAUGUCAACCACUUUUUAGUAGGCACCACAGGUUGUGUGCGCACCGGCCCUGAGCAACCUGCACCAUCCAUCAUUCAUCUCAGCAAAGGUUAUGGUUCAAGCCAGUUAUGAAUCAUCCCGCUCUAUUAACUAACAACCUUUAUUUAACUCUGCAGCCAAACGCCCUCAUUUACCUGGGGCUGCUAGAGGUGAUGAAGCCGGUCUCCCUGGUGGCAGGCUAGCAGUCUGAUCACUCAGGAAGCAGCUCCCUUAGCAAUUACAGGGAUAGAGGAGGGGUGCUGUAAUUGCUAGGCUCCCGACAGGGGAAUUGCUGUUAGCGCACAUCCCUGCAGGCUGUUGUAAGGGAGGUAGCUGUUGUUUGAAGGUUAAGAAGACAAGGAAAAUAGACACCUGGCAGCCCAAAGCAUCAAGCGACUUCACACAUCCACUUGGCAGCUAUCACAAGGGAAUAAAAUCAGAGCUGCUGCAUGAAAGUGAAACAAAAUAAAACAUCAUACAUCUGCAGCUUGUUUGGUUUGGGGAGCAACUGCACAGACUGGGAAGUUUAGGGGCUGGCAGGAGGAUGAACUGUGGCCUCAUUACAAUGUCAACGAAAAAAGGGCUGUACUCGGCCCAAAUGUCACUCAUGCAAAACGAGUCAAAAGAGUUUAAUUCCUACAGAAGGUGUUGUCAUGAACUCCAAACAUUCACUUUAUUUACAUUUGACAACUACUGCUGUCAUGAGAAUCACUCUUAGAGCUUUGCUGUGAUUGUGACAUGAACAGACAGCAGCAUGAAGGGUAAGAGAUACACCUUUCUCACUGAUAUGUGCGGUUAUUUGAUCCUGUUUUAAUCAACAUACAUGAUCGGUUUGGUCCAAAACUGCCACCAUAGCAAACUCAACGAAGCUUAGAUUAAUAGAUUGUGAUUGGUCUGGUAUAUCUGCACGAUAUUACAAAAAAAUUACUGCAAUUUUUUUCAACCCUGCGAUAUAUAUAGCAAUAUAAAAAAUACAGGAAUUUUCACCAGAUGACCCGAAUAGCACUUUAUGCAACGCUGCACUGAUGAAAUCUUGAGGACAGUUAACCUGCACUGAUCUUCCCUCUUUUUGUGAGUGUUAGUUGAAUGGCUUCUGUCUGUCUUAGAGAUAUUUUUAGCUUAUUUUUAUUGUGUUAUUGUGGCAACAGGUGAAAGGCACUGCCAUACAGAACACAUUUGGUCGACAUCAUCCUUCUAACCAAAAUAAUUUCAGAUAACUAACCUUGCUUUGCUUUGCUUUUUGGUUUUCUCUUGUUCGUUGCUAAUUUUGCAAUCGUUUUUGCUGUUUGCUGAGAAACACAUGCAUGCCCAGGAUUGCAUGCACCUCGCAAAAUGCGCACCGCCUAUAGUAGAGUGGUCCACGGAAAUGUAUAAUUUAUAACCCGUACAAUUCUUAUUUGUCGGGCUAAACAGUGAUGAGAAAUGUUCCGAAAGUAAUUCUCGGUGGGUAUGCAUUUCUCGGCACAACACCGGCAGCAGUAACUCAGCUCAUGUGCAGGCCUCCUCUCUGAUUUUGAUUGACAGCUGGCAGAGUACUCUGAUUGGCAACUGAGAAAAGAACACAUGUGAUUGGUGGAUCGCUGCUAGGGUUGGGCAUCGAGUCUCAGGCAUUGAAGGGGUUUGGGACUAACAUUCCGAUUCUCCCGGAACGAUUCAAAUUUUAAAUUUCGAUUCCAAGUUUUGUUGCCGGAGUCCACCAACUGGAGGAAAUAGCCGUCAAACGCCAACAAGGAAGACGCUGCUAAACACUGACAAAGAAGAAACCAUUGAACACCAACGAGGACUAAGCCACAUGGAGAGAGAAGAGAGACAGAGAGAGAAAGUGCAUUGCAACCCACAAUGGCUGCGGUCAAAAGUUUGACUAACUUUAGCAGGAAGAAUGAACUCUUAUCUCAGUGCAUCGGAACCGGAAUCGUUAAAAAUCAAACGAUACCCCACUCUAAUCGCUGCACAGCACAUGCAGAGUCACAUGGUGUGUAUGUCAGUUAGCUACCCUUGAAAUUAGAUUAGUUCAUUCACCUCCUACAUCGCAGGCUCUGCAAUGUGACUAUCGCGCACACGUACAUCGCAAUGACGAUGCUUAAACAAUAUAUCGUGCAACCCUAAUCUGUCACCGUAGGAAAAGGUAGUCCCUAAUCUACAUGCCGAAGAUAGCCGCUCAGAUAAUGCAGUUGAAACUUAUACUUUCACAUACUGGGCUGAAGUGUUAAGUUUCACAGAUGAAGAUGUACGAGACAGAGAAUAAUCCAAGUUUUCUUUCACUCUAUAGGCGUCGUUUAAACUUUUCACCCACAUCAGCAUCCUUUAAGAAGCAGGUUUUACUCUUUGUGUUUGAAUCUUCUGAGCCUUUCGCCAAACACUUCUGCGUGAACCGAGCUCCGAGCUCACUCAUUUUUAGUGCGACCUUGCUCGACACCGGGGUUCAGCGGGGGAUGACAGCAGAACAGGAUGUGAAGACUGUUUUUAGAGAUGUGUUCAGUUUGUUCUAAAAACUCAGCGGAAAUCAACCUUUCUUUCGAGACCCUAAAGUGGAUCAUUAAAGUUGAAGAUGGUUGAAGAAUAGCAACUGUUGGUUGAGUCAUCAGAGUACAGUUUUGAGGCGCUUGAAGCCUCUUUGAAGACAUGACUUAUUUAUGAUUAACCGCAGCUGAAGUCAGGGCAGAAGUUUCAUCUCUGAAGUCAUCGGAGCACAUGAGAAAGGAGCCGAUCAUCGCCAUUAUUACAUACACUUUGUUUUAUAGGUUAAUAAGACAAUUGCCUUCCUUUUCUAGCCCUUAAUCUUUUCCUCUGCAUUGUCCAAACCCUAAUCCUAAUCCGAUAGGAAGGGCAAGCAUUAAUCUGAGACAGUAGUCUUGGAGCUGACAUAUAUGUGCUGACAUAGCUAAUCCAAAUCUAAUCCCUCUUCCAAGAGGGCUUCUUAGCGUCGUGUGGGACCAACUUGAUUUACGUAACUUCAGAUACAACACGAGUGAGGAUGUACUUCAGGAGAUGAGGCAGAUGUUUUUCUAAAUUACUAAUUUGUGCUCAACACACCCACACCUCAGGCUUGUCAGGUCAGAUCUAAGUGCUGCAUUUGCUGCUGUCAGACUCUGAAGUACCGCUACAGAACAUCAGCCCCAUCUUCUUCAUUGGCAGGGUUUAGGGAUGUGAACGCUCCGUAACAUCUGAAAACAACUUGUCAAAACACAUGGCGUAACUAAACAUUUCUCGACACGUUGUCCUGGAAAUAAUGAGGCAGGCAUCUGUUCAGACGCAACAGAGCUUUUCAUGUCCAAAUGUUGUUUAGUGCGACUUAACAAAAAUGAUUGUUUUGUUCUCAUAUGGAUAUCAUUGCCUCAGGGCGAAGCGUAUGAAAAAGAACAACUCUGCACAGAGCUGAAUUUUCAUAAUGUGUCAUAUGGGCUUAAAGUGUUUAUUCAACAGUUGUGAAUUUGAACCAGUAGGAAGGAGGAGUAAUCCCUCUGUGAUAACGCCAUCAGAGCGCUUAGUGCCGCACGCUGUAACAGAGCGGGAUAACUGUGCCGAUGCAUAUAGGUUAGACUACGAGCGGAGAGACACAUUUGGGUCAACAUAACAGUUAAAAUAAAAUAUUAAAAGUUUGACCACAUAAUGUUAUCUCAAACACACAAAAGAGCAGUGUUUGUCAAGUACAAACAUGUCAACACACUUCAACAAACAUCUGUGAUUGUAAAAGAGUCUCAAACUGGUUUUAUUCCACUCAUGUUCACAGUCUCCUUGAUCUGUGGCUUAUUUUUAGCUCAAUACAGGCUGAAACAGAUGGGUAACAAGUCAUCAGACCUCCCUUUAAUCACAUUUUUGAUUAAGUAAUUGCUUUGACUCUAAUUAGCCUUCGUGCAUUAGCAUAGCUCCGGUGCUGUUGGUGUUAUAACACAACAUGAAGUCGUUCUCAUCUUCGUCUUUCUGGGGGAAUUUUGUUUGGGCGCUAAGAGGAAAAAGAAAACCUUUGUUCUCAGUCUUUAAACUAUUAACCUUAUGUGAAACAGCUGAUUUUAAUGCUCCCCAGUAUUCUUAGAGAGUCUGGUUUUCAGGCUUUAGAUUUCACAUAUGGCACUCCACAUGGCUGUCAUUUAAGCUUUGAAGCUGCUCAGGUUCAUCCUUUAUUCAUUAUUUUCCAACUUUUGUCUUUAUUUCCUCACAUUUUGUGAAGUCAGUCCACUUUGCUAAGGGGGACACACUUAGAUGUGUGAUAUUGCAAAGACCAGAAGUUGCAUCAUCUCUAGCGAAAUCCAUGUGUUGUAACCAGAGAGUCCCAGAAGGAAAGGGAUGGAGGACCAAGUGCCUCCUAACCAAUACAGGCAGUUUCCUUCUUAAUGUUCAUUCUGUGGUCUCUCAGCACUAUUUGUUGCAGUCGCCCGCCUGCCUGGUACCACUUUGGACCCUCCAUUAGGCCAGACCAGUCCCCUCUGUAUCCCAAAGGCAUGCCUUGAUAAUGAUUUUAUCACUUAGCCAUUUCAGGUUUUGGAACUGUAGCACAAAACCACUAUAAGCUUCAUUUUUUUCUUAUUUCCUUUAAAUCAAAUCACUAAUCUGUAUGAGUUGCUGCGACCCCACCCAGCUCAGACACAACCAUGCUUUUCCGGUCUUUAUCCUGCUUUCUCUGUAAUGAGGUGUCUCUAACCCCCUACUCUCUAUGCACCAAUGUCACCUUCAUAAUCCAAGACUUGGGCUUUUAGAGGAGUGGGAUAUGCAGGACCCUCACUGGGAUUACAGGCUGAACUGUCUGCAGAGUGGUCUGUCGUCUGUCUGCAACACAGCGGAGAGGCCGUGCAGGAGGAUCUUUGCCCUUUAGCUGGUGCUAAUCUGGAGUGGAGGGCAGAGCGCCGUCUGAGCUGUCCUCAGGGCCAGACGGUUACAUUUAUCUGUACAUAUGUGUGUGUCAGUGAUAAGGAUAUUUUUAAAAUGAAGCUUCUUGAGUUCAGGACGUCUCCUUCUGGACAUAGCAGAGACAAGUGGUGCUCUAUCUAAUAAAUGAUGAAGGGGAACAUAUUUUAUUAUGGAUUAAAAAAAAAAAAGGUGGAUAGCUGGAGUUCGUGACUCAAGGACUUGUUGCCUUCUAACAGAGAUCUUACAAUGAAAAUUAACCAGGGACAAUUACACGUUUGCCAUCAGCAUCAGAGAAACACUUCACUCUGGCAUCAUCGUGAGGCUUUGGGGGAUUUAAUCUGAUUUUGCAAUUAAUUGGUUCGUUAAACUUCUGCUCCUGGGAUUAAACCAAAAUUAAAGCAAUGGCGCAAGAAAUUUCCCCAGACGGCCCCUCCAACAAACUCUGUUUAUCUGCCAUCCAUACAAACACAUCACUUAUCUCUCCUCUGGUGUUUUGGACUCCUGCUUGUUUUUCUAUAGGCCUCGAGUUUGAGACAGGCACAAGUCAAGACAAAAACAACCUCUUUGAAUAUGUUUGUCAUAUUAUGACUGUCAAAAGGAAAGACAAAUUGACCCAUCAACAUUGUUAUAUGCUGCUGCCAGCUGCUUUACUAGGGUGACCAUAUUCUGAAUCCCCAAAAAGACUACAACGCAGGGUUUUGAGGGUUUUGAGGGUCGGGUGUUUUUUACGUGCUUCUAACUCGGUUAGUCCACGCUACACAAACUCAAAAUUUCCACACAAAACCCCUGACAUUUGAAGGAUUUUAUGUGCCGGUAAAAGAGGAUGUAUGGUCAACCUAGCUUCACACUGUUGUGAUAUACACUGAUGUGUUUCCUUACUGACUUCGAUGGAAAUCUGCUCGUUUUUAGUAACUGCCUGUACGUCAGGAUGCAGGUCUCAGUUACUUUGCGCUGGUUUCAAGUAAUACAACCAAAUUUCUUAGCAGUUGCUAGCGUCACUUUAGCCACGAUUACAUGUGCAAAAUUUCUUAAUCCAAUUAAAAAUCUGAAUCCACUGUUUAUAUUGGUGCAAAAUCAAAUAAUCCGAUCAUAAUGUACGUAUGCAUGCACCAAGCUUUAUUCAGAUAAGAGGCAUUUGGACAUGCACAGAGUUCUCUAAAACAACCACAGAAGAAGAGUUGUAUUAACACCUGUGCUGUCAACAAACCAACAAUCGCGGUAUUGUCUCACGUAAUCCGGUUCAGGAUUUUUCCCUCCACUCAGGUUGUAUUGCUCCUAGCGUACAUGAUCAUCAAGCGGGCCCAGCAGAACAUACUGAUCCAGGAAGAAAGUUGCGUCAGACACAGACCAAUACUCUUGGCUCUCGCCAUGUUUACGUCUUGUCACUUUGACGCAAAGUGUUUACAUGGACGCAUUUCAGAAUAAUGAUCGGCAGAAACCACCCCUCUAUACCCCAACAGAAUUUCUUUUCAUUUGAGCCGAAUUGGAUCAGAAUCUUCUAAUCGUGAGGCAGUGUAAUUUCACGGCAGCGUUGCUAAAGUGCGAAAGUCGCAGCAGGAGCUCCACACACAUACAGUACAGGGGUCUGUUCUCCCUCUACCACUUCCACUGCAGCAUGUUGUUACAGUCUUUUCCCAUUACGCCUCUGUUGCUACCUGUGGUGAUGAAUCAGAGCAGAACUACUUCACCCCAGUCCACCACUUCAACAGUACACUGAGUCCAAUUGUAAACAUAGCUGUUUACAUUGUUUGUAUGACUACUCAUUUAACAAUGAUGUUUUUACACAUGUGAUAAAUUGAUUCCAAGAAAGACACAAAUCCACUUCCACAUCUCAGAUUUCACUUCUUUUAAAGCUGCUGGAUCUUGCCUGAAGUGAAUGAGAUCUGUCCUUGAUCUCCCUCCCUGAGCUGUCCUCGGAUGGAAAGCAGUGAACAUCAAGGUCCUGAUUCGUCAUGGGCCCUAUUGAGUAGAAUUCCUUGUGUUGCCAUGGUAUCAGGGGAGCGCUGUCACUCAUUGUCACCCAGAUGACAAGCUCUCAUUCCUUUUUUCCGUGACUAUGUUUGCUCUUUUCUGAGAAAUUGCUACUCCGACUUGAUUCAAGCGGAGGAGCACAACAUGUCAGAUGAUUUGAGAGGAACACAGAUGCUGAUGGUUCAUUUGCAUCCUACCAAACAAACUCUAAUCAUUAAUUUAUCCAAACAGUGGAUGUGCCAAAGAAUGCAUCUCAGGGAUCCACCAAACUACCAGAAACCUUCUCGAGCAUCCUCCCACUCUUCCUCCUCCUUACUUCCACAUCCAAGCCUGUUCUGCAUCGAACCACAUCUGAAAGCCUCGGCAAUUAUCCUGUAAUUCAUUCAAAACCUGACUCUCAGCUGCUUUCUCUCUUUGAUGACUUAUAUUAAGUCAAAUUAGGAGACAACAAGCUGAACCCCAAAGCCCGCUUUUUCCAUUCUGUGGGUGUACACCAGCUGGUCGAAGUUAGUCGGAGGGACUGUUUUAGAUGCUCUUCUGAUCUUCUCGCUUUUCUUCCUUGCAGAAGCUGCUCUGGUGCGGCUUUUUUUCCCCCUAACAGUCACUGACACAACACGUAUAAAAGCUCUGCUUCUCCUCCAGGAAUCAUUAACACUUCCAGGGGACUGCUGAGCUGUAAUUUUCCUGCACAAAAAUGAGAAAUAGACUCCACAUCACCUUCCUAAGUGUGUGUGCUUCCACUGCCCACUGUCUAGUGGCCUCUGCAGCAGAUAUGAACAGUUAUUAUUUGGGCUGGCUGCUGGACCAGGACCCAUCAGAGGGAGAUUGGAAGUCAGACACUGAAACAUCCAGUUAAACAAAAACUAAAAUAAAGAGAUGAAAUUCUGGCGUAAAAUUAAGUUAGGGUCAAACAUGCUGUAACACUGAGUUAGACACCCCCUCGAGAGACGAAUGUUGCCGACCGCUUGCUUCUCUAGUUAUACCAACUUUAGUAACGACCGCACAAUAGCAAUACACAGCGGUCUAAGGAGCCACGCACUCAGCCAAAACGCCACUCUAUAGCCACAAAUAAUGCUCAGAACAGCACCUAACUUCAUCAACAGUACAUAAAGGGUCCCAGCCAUAGUACUAGCCACCACACAUUUAUUUAGCUUUGCCUGAUUUCAUUAGCAAAGACACUAAAAACAACUCACCUACUCACUUCCAGCAGCCGCUUGCUCGUACGGAGAUCUCAGACGAGUCCAUUACCGCAGCAGGGUGAUGCAGCUCAAGGAAGAACAUAAACAUAAAUGUUCUUCCUUGAGCUGCGUCAUGCCACGAGGGAAAAGGACAAAGCUAAAGCUAAGCUAAAAAGCUGUUUGGUGGCUGGAGCUAUGGCUGGGUGUGUUUGACCCUUUCAGUACAAAAACAAAACCCCAGACUGAGUGGAGCAUAGAUGUAAGGACGCUACCAACUUUAUUUGACGUAGGAAGUCAUUGGUAUUGUUGCGUUGGCGAUACUUCUCCAUGCUGUGCUCAAAAACCUCAGGCAAUGGUUGCAUAGGGCCCAUGGAGCCAAACAAGAACAGGCCAAGCAUGGGUAUCAUUCCCAAUGAGGUUAGGGUGCCUUGUGGUUACAAAACAUGAGGAAAAAACCUCUUAAGACGUCUGAAAACGUCUCACUUCGCAGUGUCUACCCAGGCAAAGACAAAAGACACAAUCCUAUGAAUACACAAUGAUCCUUCCAAUUAUGUUCACAAAACUCAGAGUUCACUGCUGAGUCAAUUGAUUUGCACUAUAGUGGCAGUUUUUGAGAAGGACACACAACUCAGUGUUCACCUACUUCUAAAAUAUGAUCUAUAUUUCUUCACAAGUUUCUGAAAACGAAACUAAAAUAACUUAAAAUCAAACAGAUUCAAUAAGAAGAUCAAAUCUGAGCUAAACGUCUUUUUAAAGCAACAACAUCCUUUUUCCUGAGAAGCCUGUUGCAGUAUAGAAUUAAUUUCAGACAUUACACAAGAGAGACAUUUAUCCAGGUCAUCCGGUCCGUCUAUAGGGCAGGAACCGUCUCCGCUCUGUUCUUCUUCUUCACACAUCACCUCCUAUUUAACAUUUUAUUGAGUGAGUGUUGUAUUUACGUCACCAGCUGAGUGCGGCUGAGCUACUUUGAAAAGGUGAGGCUCCAGACCCAUCAAGGUUGGUUUCCAUCAAAUCCUUCAAAUCCAGUUUAACAGCUAUCUUCUAAACACACAUACUAAGCACUUUCUUCUUACCUGUCUACAGCUGCAUGAGAAGUUAUGGACAGUUACGUUGAAAAAUUUGGCUUUGAGAAAGAAGAUAACAGAAUGGCUUAAUUUGGUUUGAUUAUUUUCUUUAGUUCUCUGAACCUA